GGGGCUGUGUGUGUGUCUGAGGGCCCAUGGAAGUUGUACCAUUCGGGGCCGGGAGCAGGGGAAGAGGGAAACAGAGGAGAGAACCAAGAAACAGGACAGAGUGUCUGAGCAGACCAAAGGGCCGCUUUCUGCUGGGGCCACACUAGAACCUCACCAUGGUUGCCCGUAGAAACCACGCCGCGAGCAAGGUUCCGUCAUGAAUAUUAAUUCAUGCUCGGCUGAUUUUAAGUAUUCAUUUGUUGUGAUAUUUUAGUCCUCGGUGGCCAGAUAGAAAUGAUUCAGAUACCAGGAAGAGGGGGUUUCCUGUCAGAAGUGACAAGACAUUUGACAUAAGAUAUGAGACCAGUAGAUGAAACUCAACUGCCGAUGUUUCAGCUCAGCCCUGGCUGCUACUAAAUCAUCUUUCUACUUAAUCCUCCUCUAUCCUCCUCUCUAUCAAACCUUUGGUUUCUCUAUGAAAGCAUCUCUUUUCUUUCUCUAUCCCUGAUCCCACUAAACCAUCCCUUUCUCACUUUCACUGUGGAUCUCUCACGCUGACUUUUUAACACACACACAGCCACACACACACACACACACACACACACACACAGCCACACACAGCCACAGUUCAGACUCACAGGGAUGCCUUUGUGUUACAGCCUCUGACUCGACAUUUCCCAAAGAUUUACAGUGUUCGGUUACAGUCCCCCCUCCCACUUUCUCUCUCUCACUCUUUCUCUCUCUCACGCUCACCGAUUAUAUCUCUCUCUCUCAGGUUUGUAUACACGCACACAAACACACAAACACUGUGUGUCAGCAGAGCUUAGGGUUUUUUGACAUGGAAGGCGUCAGCUUUAUCAGUCUGAUGGACAGAAGAGAAGCUAGGCUCUGAUAGGCUGACAGUGGUAUUAUGGGAACAGCCGAGAGGAUGAUGCCAGCGAGGGAAAGUGGGGGAAUAGUCCCAAGGGUAGAAGAAGAAGUACAAGGGAAAAAAGAGGCUGGGAGAGUGAAGGAGAGCACAUAAGAGACUCGGGUGUAAUGGAUGUCUUUCAGUGUUUUGUCAAUGGUCUUUUCCGAGGUUAUUCUAAAAAGCCAUAUAAAGUAUCUAAUGCAAACAAUUGAAUGAUUGACUGCAGUAGAAAGCCUAGGUAGACGACCUCUGGAAGUGGCUACUCAUCAGAACGUGUAAUCCAUACCUUUGUCACCUUCAACCCGACACGUCUGACUCUGCCGGCCCUUUCACUUGAUCCACUGUCUUUUAUACUUAAUUACUGAUUUGCAAUAAUCUUUUUUCAACAUAAAUCUGCUGUUCUAUUCCCCCCCCAGUUGUGAUCACUGCUCUAAAACGGGCCUUCGCUGUAAUUUGUCUCUAAACCAGCUGGGGGCGCCAGACUCCCAGAGCAGAGGGCAGAGGCUUUCAGCUAAUCAGCAGGCUGAACAGAACCAGGUCCAAACUAUCGUGUUGCUGUGUUGUUGACUAUGUCGUCUCAUAAAAGCUUAAUAUAGCCUUUGUGCCACCAUAGAACAUAGUACACUGCCAGCUGCAUGCAACCCAAGCAGGUUACUCACCUGGACACCAAUGGUGUGACUGGGGCUAAAUCUAAAAUGAUACAUUUACAUUUUAGUCAUUUAGCAGACGCUCUUAUCCAGAGCGACUUACAGUGAUACCUAUUUCCUAUGUAGUGCAUUACUUUCGGCCCUAUGGGGCUCUGACCAAAAGUAGUGCACUAUAUAGGGAGUAGGGUGUCAUUUCAGAUGCAUCCCAGUCUUUCAGGGUUAGUCGGCUUGCUAGUAUUACUAAUGCAUAGAGCGUUCCCUCUACUUCAACCCAAUCAACUAGACUUAGCUAGCUAGCUUAGAAUCGACAAAAACGUUGUUUUCUAACUGUGCUCUAACAACUUUGAUGUGAAUUGAGGUGUUUUUUCCGGUUGGUUUUCACUUUGCCUUUUGUUUCAGUGGAAGAUGUUGUAUUUACUGCGUUUUGUGUGUACUUUGUUUUGUUGGUUUGUUUAAUGCACUUUAUACCAUUGCCUUUUGAAUGUUUGAGUGUUCAGUGAUGAUUUUGACUGGGUAUUAAUGGUUGUGUUGGAUUGGCUAACCAUUUUUCAAACCUGCUUAUUCCUGUUUGAGGGAAAGAAGCUAAGACUAUUAGGAUAUAGCCAUUGUGUCCUUGACCAUCUGUCAGUAUUUCAUUUAUUUUCCUCCUUCCCUCUUUCCUUUCCUUUUAUUUCUCCUCUUCCUCCUCCUCUUCUUUCUCUUCUGUAGGAUGAGAUGUCUAAUGCUAACCGUGGAGGCUCCAAGUCCAACACCCCCAUGUCUCCUAAAGGGGGCUCCAAGUCAGGGACCCCCAUGUCUCCUAAAGGGGGCUCCAAGUCAGGGACCCCCAUGUCUAGCCAUGGUGGAGGCUCCAAGUCAGGGACCCCAUUUGGAGCUCCCGCUCAAGGAGGAGGUUCCAAAAUGUCCUCACAACAAGGUGGUUCUAAAUCAGGCACCCCCAUCUCUUCUCAAGGAGGGUCCAAAUCGGGUACCCCUAUGUCAUCUCAAGGAGGGGACUCAAAGUCGGUUACCCCAAUGUCCACGCAAAACAGCGACUCUAGUUUGGUCACUCCACUAUCUUCUCAAGGAGGAGGGUCUAUGUCGGCCACUCCCAUGUCUACUUCCGAGUCUGACAUUGCCAUGGCGUCGGUGAGCACGCCACUCCAGGAAGAGUUAAAGGAAGUGGGCAAGGGUCUGAACAGGAACCUGGACAGAAGCAACAGGAAGCCAGAGAACAUCAGCAGUAAGAACACCACAGUACAGGAGGGUCAGGAAGGACAGGACUCAGAGCUGAGAGGAGGGGCAGGACCUCUCACAGGCACAGGUCAGUACUGCAGCUACCGGGCAUAAACUGGGAUAACAUGGGGAUUGGCUAUGUUGGGGACUUGGAUUUGUUAUAUUAUAAAGACCUACCAAAAUGUGUUUGGCAUCACAUUGGCUGCACCACUGUAUUCACUGUGUCAAACGUGCCAUAUGUCCCACAAGGAUAGUAAUCUAACAUGUUAUUCUCUCUCCUCUUCACACGCAGCAGAUGAUAACGCUGAGUCAUUGGAGGUGCAGGCCAUCAUAGAGUCCACUCCUGAACUGGACAUGGACCUUAGCGGCUACAGAGACGCCAGGUAGGGUCAACAGGAAGUAAUGUUUCUAUCUCGAUCUUUGCAUCUCUAUCCUGAACACUCAAUCAUCAUCUAUGUGUCAAACUAUACAGAAAAUUCCUUCCAGCUUGGUCCUUUGAGCCAGCUAUAUAAAACAUAUCUACACAAACGUUAUUUUAUGAUGGAAUGUAUUGUAGCUGUGGUCACUCUGAUGACCUCUCUCCCUCUCUCCCUCCCUCCCCCUUCCAUCCCCCUCCUCCCCAUCCCUCUCUCCCUCCUCGUAUCCCUCUCCGUAUCCCUCUCCAGUACUCCUACUAAAGGAGUAGGUAUAGAAAACAUGGCGUUCAACAGGAACACUGAGUCUCUGUUUGCAGAGCUGUCCUCGGCAGGACCUGACAUGGAAAUAGACAUAGCAGACAUGGACGAGGGGGCCGACCUGCUGGGUAAGACACGCCCACCUUAGACACUAUUCCAAGAAUCAUCUCAUACCCACGCCUUGGGUAAAUCUGGAGAACUCUGCCUCAAUCCCAAAUGAUUGGCAAAGACUGAAACCUGUGUGUACAUGCCAUAUACUAGGAUGGACUCUCCUUUCUACAGAAAUAGUUAGCCAUUUCUCCCCAUCACAUUAACUUUCUUUAUCUCCAUAGUACUGGAUAAGUCAUCUCAUUAUGUCAUUAUUUUCUUGGUUCCUCUCUUCAGACGAGUUUUCUGGUGUGUAUUCACCAUUCCAUUCAUUCUCCUUGCACUUCUCCCUUAUCACUCACCACCCUCUCUCUAGUUCUCCCCUUUUAGCUCCCAAACUAUGUCUAAAAUAUACAGUGGGAUCUCCGUGUUGGUGAGGUCGUAGGUUAGGUGUUCUUUAGGCUGUUUAUAGACCAGUCGGAGUCCCCGUAGAGUCGUGUGCUGUUAGGUGAUUGUCAAGAUAAUCUGUUUUGUUUUCCACCUCACAUUGCCAGCAUGGGUGUCAGACACAGACCUUAACUUCCUGGGUAAGACUGAAGGAGGGUGUGUAUCAUGUGUUUUAUAUCAUUCCAUUUUAGAAAGGAGGAAUUUCAAUUUCUUCCCUUUUUUCCCUUUUCAUCCCUCCUUUUCCUCUCUCUCCUCUUAAGGUAUGGGUCGUGAAGUGGAGCAUCUCAUCCACGAGAACACUCAGCUGCUGGAGACCAAGUAAGUUGUGUUUUCAAAUCACCUGCAUCCAUGCUCAAGAAAUCAACUUAACAUGAAUUAAUCGAGCAAGAAUGUUCCAUGUUGUGCAAUAGACAGCACACUACUGCCACCUGUUGUUCACGGAGGGAUUUAGCUUUCAUCAAAGAGAGAGUUCACCCAGGUCCCAGAGAAAGUGUGUGUGUGUAGGGCCUAAUGAUCAUGCCAUCUAAUAUUUAUCUUCCGUCUCGUCAGAAAUGCAUUGAACGUGGUGAAGAAUGACCUGAUAGCGCGUGUGGAUGAGCUGUCGUGUGAGAAGGAGGUGUUGCAGGGAGAGCUGGAGGCUGUGACUCAGGCCAAGACCAGACUGGAGGAGAAGAACAAGGAACUGGAGGACGAACUCAAGAAGUCAGUCUCUACUCUACCCUACCGCUCUGUCUGUUUUCUUUCCCUCUUUAGAUGAAUAUAGGAUCCCCAGGCAUCUCCUGUGUGUGUGUGUGUGUCCUGUGUGUGUUCAUCUCCAGUGUGUGUGUCCUGUGUGUGUUCAUCUCCAGUGUGUGUGUCCUGUGUGUGUUCAUCUCCAGUGUGUGUUUCUCUCUUAGGGUUCGGGCCGAGGCAGAAGAGGCCAAAACGAAGACCAAGACUGAGAACAAUGAGGAAGAUGUGAGUUCUGUGCAUGUGUGUGUAUGUGUUUGCUGAGAUAUAUAUAUGUGUGUGUGUGUGUGUGUGUGUGUAAUGAGGUUGCUGAUACCACUCCUGGCAGGCGGAUGUUCCCACAGCCCAGAGGAAGAGGUUCACCAGAGUAGAGAUGGCCAGAGUCCUCAUGGAGAGGAACCAGUACAAGGAGAGACUGAUGGAGCUACAAGAAGCUGUACGAUGGACAGAGAUGAUACGGUAGGGAGAGGGGGGAGAGGAAUCUUGUGAUUAAAGCUGAGCUAGUCCAAAACAAAAUGAUACAUAUUGAAGUGUUUUUGUAUUUUGUAUUCCACUCACACAAUGUUCUUAUUGAUAAACAUGCACCCCUUCUAGUUAGUCUUUUGUGUUUUCUCUCCUGGGCGAUUCUAGCUAGUUGAGUAACAAGAUCGUUUUUGUCUCAGCUGAAUAGGGAUCAGUCAUUAAAUGUGUUAUCUUCCCCUCAGAGCAUCAAGAGAGAAUCCAGCCGCCGCAGACAAGAAGAAAUCCAGCAUCUGGCAGUUGUAAGCUUGCCUCCUCCUUUUUCUACCACCACUCCUUUUCUUCACUCCUUCAAUACAAUCCUUCCCCAUUACUGCACAUCUCUCCUUUUCUCGUUACACUCUACAUCUAGGAGCUGGCAUACCAUACUUGUAGCUAAUGCCACUGUAAGAUUGUUGAUGAUUAUUUAAUAUGAUUUCCCCUUUUGUUUUUGUUUUUGUCUUUUUUAUUUAAUUUUUUCACAUUUUGAUCUCCAGUGUGUAGGUAAACCUUUGGCAGGCUAAUGGGUCUUCUUGAUUCAGGUUCUUAACAAACAAAUCAACAAACCAGGGAGUGCCUGCCUGAUCAGGGAAUGGCUUUUUAGUUGAAGUGUCAUUUUGUUUUCAUUGUAAGUCGGAGUGAGUUCAAAUUGAGUGAAAUCUCCCAAGGGAAACCAACACUUUUCCUCUGCUUUAAAACGUUAAAAAAACUAUUCACCUACAAAUGAAAGACAGAAGUGUGUGUGUGUGUGUUUGUGUGAGCGCAUGUAUCAGUGUGCUUCAGCCUAGUACACGUAUUAAAAAUAUUUUACUGAAAUGUAUUAGAAAUGGCCAAUUCCUGAUCUAGGCUCUCCCUGGAAUGGUUAUGGUGUGUGGUUGGUUUAUGAAUGACAUGUUUUGUUGGACAGUGGUGUAAUGCAUCUGACUAAUGAUUCAUUUUUAUUUUGGGCAGGGGGUAAAGCCUUUAUCUGUUGGAGAGGGGGGUGUAACUAAUUAGUGUUGGAGAGGGGUUGUGUGUGUUAAAUGCAUGUUUAUUUAUGAUGAAAUCCCCUGUCUCUCCUGUUGCCCUCUGCUCCUUUGGUCCCUCUCUCUGUUGUAUCCUUCCUGAUGUUGUUGUUGUCAUGUCUGUAUGCAGGAGGUGUGUUGGGAUGGGUGAUGGGGGGAGAAAGAGGGUAUAUGUAGUGGAAUGGAUAGUUGUAUUCUAGAGUCAGAUACUGUAAACAGUAUGUAAUCUCUGGUUGGACAUAUUUCUAAACUGAUACACUGAGUUUAGGCUUGAGGCUACUUUCUGCUAUAUGGAGAGGGUAAUACAGUCCAUCCAUAUGUUUUGACCUGAUGGACUGUAGCUAUUUGAUCUUCAACCAAAAUAAUCCUGAUUUAUUUAUGGACCUAGUCUUUUCAUCUCACUCUGUUACAUUAACAGGCAUCGUCUCUAGAGCUGGAAUAAGCAGCAAUAGUUUGUAACUGUGUUGUGUUCUGUGUUGACUUACUAACUGCCUGGUUCGUGUUACAGUAUUAACCAAUGCAUUCCCUGCUCUCCCAUCCCCUGUAAAAUUACUGAGUGGAGACUCGCUUGCUGUUAAACCCUGCUUUUGGUCGGUGUAGUCUGGUCUAACCAAUGUGAUUGAGAAAGGUCUCUUUGCAUUAUGGCACUGGAACAACAAACAUUGUUCUGACCUUUUUGACAGUUUGCCAAGCUCUGUAUGGCUCUGGUUUUGGCUGUGAUUUGGGAACUCAAAUGGGUACUGAAGGCUGAAGGUGUGAUUUUUUUUGGGUGGGGGGUGGGGGGGGGGUGUAGUAGUAAUCAACUGUUGAUUUGAUUAUUUAUCCCUUAAACCCUGCCGCUGCUGCUUUGUCUACCCUCCAUAUGUGUCUCUGUGCUCUUUCUUUCCACCUCCUCCUUCGUUAUCCCUCCCUCCCUCCCUCCCUCCCUCCCUCCGUCCUCCAGUUUCAGUCGGUUGUUCAGUUCGAGUGGCGGAGCGGCUAAGAAGCCUGCGGAGGCUGCGCCAGUGAAUGUGAAGUACAACGCCCCCUCCUGCCAGGUCCAGCCCUCUGUGAAGAAGAGGAGCGCAGCUCUGCAACAGCUACCCAGCGACAAGAGCAAGGCCUUCGACUUCCUCAAUGAGGAGUGAGUGUUGGAGACGUAUACCCAUCUGUCCAUUCACUCAUGAUCCACCCAUUUAUUCAUGCAGUCUUUCACGCAUCAAGGUUUCAAUCAUCCUUCGGCCCCGCCUCCAUGCCACCAUCCAUUCUUCAGUUCAUUUACCCAUCUACACUGGAUAAUAUGUUCAGAAUAGAUUAGAUGUUUUUGAUGCUAUUUUCUCCCCUCCCCCCUCCUCCCCCAAUCCAGGUCUGAGGCAGGCAACAUGGUGUCUCGUAGGGAGCAGAAGAGAGCCCAGUACAGACAGGUGAAAGCCCACGUUCAGAAGGAGGAGGACGGCAGGGUACAGGCCUACGGGUGGAGCCUGCCGCAGAAAUUCAAGGUAGGACAAGUGUCUUUGUGCAUUACUUUAUAUUACAGACUUUUUCUAGAUAUUUUAGAAAAAUAUGUUAGGUUAGGUUCAGUGACUCCAGGUACGCUGACCACACUGUGUUAUAUUACAGGUGGCCAACGGUGGUCAGACGUUAGAGAACAAGAUGAAGAAUCUACCUGUACCCGUCUACCUCCGACCGCUGGACGAGAAAGAUGCUACCAUGAAGGUGUGUGUGCAUGUGUAUACCUUUCCUAACCUUGUAUUUCUCUCCAUAUAUGUGCCGUAUUGCUAACUGUGUGUCUCUGCCUCCCGUAGUUGUGGUGUGCUGCGGGUGUGAACCUGUCGGGGGGUAAGACUCGUGACGGCGGGUCUAUAGUAGGAGCCAGUGUGUUCUACAGUGACCUGACCAGUCCUGGUCCUGAGAGCCCUCUCAGGAAGAUAGGAUCACAGAGCAGUCUGGACAAACUGGACCAGGACCUAAAGGUACAUAUACACGCCACACACAGUCACAUGGUCAUACAGCACACACACAUGCAUGCGCUCAUACAAUACAGACAGACAGGCUCAUAAGACACACACACAUGCGUGUACUUACAGUAAAGACACACACUUGUACACCUUUUUCCGGUGUGUGUGUGUGUGUUUGUGUGUGUAGGAGCAGGAGAAGGAGCUGCGCCACCAGGAGGAGCUGUCCUCUCUGGUGUGGAUCUGUACCAGUACUCAGGCCACCACUAAGGUCAUCGUCAUCGAUGCCAACCAGCCUGGGAACGUCCUGGAGAACUUCUUUGUCUGCAACUCUCAUGUCCUCUGCAUCGCCAGUGUGCCAGGUCUGUGUGUGUUCGUUUGUGUGUGUGGGUCAAGUGUGUGUGCGUUUGAUAUGAACUCAAGACACAGCAAAAUAUGUUUAUUUGUUUUGAUUGUAGCUAACCAUAACAUGUUUAUUUAUACACGUUUAUAUAUGGUGUGUGUGUGUGUGUGUGUGUGUGUGUGUGUGUGUGCGCGGUCGUGGGUGUGUGUGUCAGGUGCCAGAGAGACAGACUACCCGGCAGGGGAGGAGGUGCCCCAUGACGCGGGGUCGGCUGCUGAGGGUGGGACUCUGGAAGCCAGCACAACCAGUAGUUGCUCAAGGGGUGAAGCUGGAGUGCUGGCAGGGAUCAAUGUAGUUGGCUGCUCUACAGAGGGGGCAGUGGCUACCCCCCAGACAGCAGGAGCAGAGAAUGACACCGACACAGGUAAGAUUAGUACACGCACGCACGCAGGCGCACACACAUACAGUUGAAGUCGGAAGUUUACAUAUACUUAGGUUGGAGUCAUUAAAACUCGUUUUUCAACCACUCCACACAUUUCUUGUUAACAAACUACAGUUUUGGCAAGUCGGUUAGGACAUCUACUUUGUGCAAGACACAAGUUAUUUUUUGACAACAAUUGUUUACAGACAGAUUAUUUCACUUAUAAUUCACUGUAUCACAAUUCCAGUGGGUCAGAAGUUUACAUACAGUAAGUUGACUGUGCCUUUAAACAGCUUGGAAAAUUCCAGAAAAUGAUGUCAUGGCUUUAGAAGCUUCUGAUAGGCUUUUCAGUCAAUUGGAGGUGUACCUGUGGAUGUAUUUCAAGGCCAACCUUCAAACUCAGUGCCUCUUUGCUUGACAUCAUAGGAAAAUCAAAAGAAAUCAGCCAAGACCUCAGAAAAAAAAUUGUAGACCUCCACAAGUCUGGUUCAUCCUUGGGAGCAAUUUCCAAACGCCUGAAGGUACCACGUUUAUCUAUACAAACAAUAGUACGCAAGUAUAAACACCAAUGGACCACGCAGCCGUCAUACCGCUCAGGAAGGAGACGCGUUCUGUCUCCUAGAGAUUAAUGUACUUUAGUGCGAAAAGGUCAAAUCAAUCCCAGAACAACAGCAAAGGACCUUGUGAAGACGCUAUAUCCACAGUAAAACGAGUCCUAUAUCGACAUAACCUGAAAGGCCGCUCAGCAAGGAAGAAGCCACUGCUCCAAAACCGCCAUAAAAAAGCCAGACUACGGUUUGCAACUGCACAUGGGACAAAUAUCGUACUUUUUGGAGAAAUGUCCUCUGGUCUGAUGAAACAAAAAUAGAACUGUUUGGCCAUAAUGACCAUCGUUAUGUUUGGAGGAAAAAGGGGCUGGCUUGCAAGCCGAAGAACACCAUCCCAACCGUGAAGCACGGGGGUGGCAGCAUCAUGCUGUGGGGGUGCUUUGCUGCAGGAGGGACUGGUGCACUUCACAAAAUAGAUGGCAUCAUGAGGAAGGAAAAUUAUGUGGAUAUAUUGAAGCAACAUCCCAAGACAUCAGUCAGGAAGUUAAAGCUUGGUCGCAAAUGGGUCUUCCAAAUGGACAAUGACCCCAAGCAUACUUCCAAAGUUGUGGCAAAAUGGCUUAAGGAUAACAAAGUCAAGGUAUUGGAGUGGCCAUCACAAAGCCCUGACCUCAAGUGUUUAAACCCUUUACAAUGAAGAUCUGUGAAGUUAUUUGGAUUUUUACGAAUUAUCUUUGAAAGACAGGGUCCUGAAAAAGGGACGUUUCUUUUUUUGCUGAGUUUAUAUACACUACCGUUCAAAAGUUCGGGGUCACUUAGAAAUGUCCUUGUUUUUAUUGGUCAGUCUGAGAUAUGGCUUUUUCUUUGCAACUCUGCCUAGGUCAGCAUCCCGGAGUCGCCUCUUCACUGUUGACGUUGAGACUGGUGUUUUGCGGGUACUAUUUAAUGAAGCUGCCAGUUGACGACCUGUGAGGCGCCUGUUUCUCAAACUAGACACUCAAAUGUAUUUGUCCUCUUGCUCAGUUGUGCACCGGGGCCUCCCACUCCUGUUUCUAUUCUGGUUAGAGCCAGUUUGCGCUGUUCUGUAAAGGGAUUAGUACACAGCGUUGUACGAGAUCUUCAGUUUCUUGGCAAUUUCUCACAUGGAAUAGCCUUCAUUUCUCAGAACAAGAAUAGAGUGACGAGUUUCAGAAGAAAGUUAUUUGUUUCUGGCCAUUUUGAGCCUGUAAUCGAACCCACAAUUGCUGAUGCUCCAGAUACUCAACUAGUCUCAAGAAGGCCAGUUUUAUUGCUUCUUUAAUCAGCACAACAGUUUUCAGCUGUGCUACCAUAAUUGCAAAAGGGUUUUCUAAUGAUCAAUUAGCCUUUUUUAAAAUUAUAAACCUGGAUUAGCAAACACAAUGUGCCAUUGGAACACAGGACUAAUGGUUGCUGAUAAUGGGCCUCUGUACGCCUAUGUAGAUAUUCCAUUAAAAAUCUGCCGUUUCCAGCUACAAUAGCCAUUUACAACAUUAAGAAUGUCUACACUGUAUUUCUGAUCAAUUUGAUGUUAUUUUAAUGGACAAAAAAAUUGCUUUUCUUUCGAAAACAAGGACAUUUCUAACUGACCCCAAACCUUUGAACGGUUGUGUGUGUGUGUGUGUGUGUGUAUAUAUAUAUAUAUAUAUAAUAUAGUGAAUUGGCCAUACGUUCAAAAGUAUGAAAAUGUAUGCACUCACUAACUGUAAGUCGCUCUGAAUAAGAGCGUCUGCUAAAUGACUAAAAUGUAAAUGUAAAAUAUAUUAUUUAUUAUUAUAUACUUUCUCUGGCCCAGCCAAUAUUGGAAACGUGGAGGCGCUAGUUGCUGCAUCUGCUGCGGCUCAGAGAGAGCUGUAGCAGGCUAAAAGGUGCGCAGACACGCACAGUUUUCUUUCUCUUAACACAGCACGACAAGCCUGAAACCUGCCCGGCCCAAAUCAAUUCACAGAAUUUGAGCCCCAGCCAAGUAUAAGACCGGGCUGGGCCGUCGGGCCGCGUCAGAGUUAGGUUGAGAAUGAGAACUCUACUAUACAUACACACAUUACUCUGUAUUGGGAUACAGAGAUUCUCUAUUGAAUAGGUCUGUUCUUACACAUACAGUAUCUCCUUCUCUCCUCCCUGUGUAGACUCCAAGGCUGCAGAGGAGGCUACUGAAGCUACAGAGGCCAGUGCAGGUCCUGCAGGCCCGGAGCAUGACUUAAGUCAGAGGGGAGUCUACACUGAACAUGUCUUCACUGACCCUCUGGGUGUACAGAGCACUAGUCCUGGGGAGACGCCAGCCAACUACACACAGAGGUAUGGGAUACAUGGAUGCACACAACACACACACUACACACUAACACACUAACAUCCUGUUUCUGUUCUCAGGGAGUCUGAUCUGGUAAAGGAUGGUGUUAGCUCCAACCCUAACCCAGAGGAACAGGACCUGAUGAGAGAAGAAGCCCAGAAGAUGAGCAGUGUUUUACCCACCAUGUGGCUUGGGGCACAGAACGGAUGGUGAGACGCUGAUUGAUUAAUCAAUCAAUCAGAUCAGUUUAUCAAUCUCAUAUUGAUCUAAUCAGUCAAAUGUGUGUGUGUGUUCACUCUGUGGUCUGUGUGUGUGUGUUCCAGUGUGUACGUGCACUCAUCAGUGGCCCAGUGGAGGAAGUGUCUCCACUCUAUAAAGCUGAAGGACUCUAUCCUGGGCAUCGUCCAUGUGAAGGGGAGAGUGUUGGUGGCUCUGGCUGAUGGAACACUGGCUAUCUUCCACAGAGGAGUGGGUAAGGCUGAUGUGUUUCCAUAUGUUUUCUUACAUGUGUUUGUGUGCAUUAUGUGACUUUAAUUUAUCUUACAUAUUUGUGUGUAUUUGUGUGCCUAGCGCCAUACCAUAAUCUUAUGUGAGUGUGUCAAUGAAAGGAUUCCUACAUUGGUGCUUACACACCUCUCUUACUCUCCCUCUCUACAGAUGGUCAGUGGGACCUGACUAACUACCACCUGUUAGACCUGGGCAGACCCCACCACUCUAUCCGCUGUAUGACCGUGGUUCACGACAAGGUCUGGUGUGGCUACAGGAACAAGAUCUACGUGGUCCAGCCCAAAGCCAUGAAGAUAGAGGUACAUCUGACCCAUUCAUGGACAUAGACAUGCACACACACACAGAAGAACCCCCACACACACAAGAACCCACACACACAGACUCAGUCCACAGAUUAUAGUUGUAACCUCCUCUCCUUUUCCAUCCUCUCUCUUCUCUUUCUCCAUCUCGCCCCCUCUCUCCCACUGUAGAAGUCGUUUGAUGCCCACCCCCGUAAGGAGAGCCAGGUGAGACAGCUGGCGUGGGAUGGAGAUGGUAUCUGGGUGUCCAUCCGACUGGACUCUACUCUGAGACUGUUCCAUUCCCACACACACCAACACCUGCAGGACGUUGACAUAGAGCCCUAUGUCAGCAAGAUGCUGGGUGAGGAACCAAGGGCAUUUACACCAGUUGUAGUUGAUGUGUGUUCUACGUUCUAUGCUUCUAACGCAACUUGAUUGUGGUGUUUGUGUCCUCGUUGUUAGCUAGUUUUGAAUGAUAUGGGACAGGGGUUCAUAGCAUUAGCAAGCCAAAGUGACAUACAGGAAAUACAGACCCAUACUUCAUUAUUUAUCUUUUCUUAAUGUGUCAUGUUGGUCUCCGUCAGGUACGGGGAAGCUGGGCUUCUCGUUUGUCAGGAUCACAGCUCUCAUGGUGUCCUGUAACCGUCUCUGGGUCGGCACCGGCAAUGGAGUCAUCAUCUCUAUACCUCUCACUGACAGUAAGGGGAAGUAAUGUCUCUCUCACUCUCCAUCCCCCUCUCCCUGUGCCCUCCACUCUCUCCCUCUCUCUUUUUAAUGAUACAUCUCUCUCUCCAUCCUUCUCUCUCCCCUCCCUAUCUCUAUUUAAUGAAAAAUCUCUCUAGCCCUCCAUCUAUCCAACCUCUCUCUAUUUGAAUGACUAAUCUCUCUCUCCAUCCUUCCGUCUAUCUUCCCUCUCUCUAUUUAAUGAUUAAUCUCUCUCUCUCUCUAGCCAAUAAGGUGAUUGCUGGGCCAGGUAAACCUGGUGGAGUGAUCCGUGUCUAUGGUGAUGAGAACAGUGACAAGGUGACGGCUGGAACCUUCGUACCCUUCUGCUCCAUGGCUCACGCUCAGCUCUGUUUCCAUGGUCACCGAGACGCUGUCAAGUUCUUCACCGCUGUCCCAGGUAACUUCACUUCCUUUUCCCUCUCUUCUUCUCCUCCUCGUCCUGCCUUUUAACUGAUGAAGGUCCUCCCGCCCCCCCAGGUCAGGUGAUCCCGUCAGGUGCGGGCGGAGCAGCAGAGGCGGGGGGUGACAGUGGGGCAGAGGAGCACCCUCAACAGCAGCUGGAAAAGUCUGUUCUGGUGAUGAGUGGAGGAGAGGGAUACAUCGACUUCAGGAUGGGUGAGUUGGCAUGGACGAUCAUAUCAGACAAUCAAUUGACAAGUACAGUCACUAUAUGGCCGGGCAUGAAAACAUAGAUAUUUGUAUGAGUUGAAGUGGCUUAAUGUUUCUGUGUGUGUCUUUGUAUGUGUAGGUGAUGAGGCUGGGGAGACUGAAGAGCCACUGGAUGAGCCCACUCUGAAGCUGCAGCCGUUCCUGGCCAAAGCUGAGAGGAGUCACCUGAUCGUUUGGCAGGUCAUGGACAGCCAGGUCUGA